GAGUUAUUAUAUCAUGUGCAUGGUGGCGAUCACCUUCCUGAACCUGAUUGGCAUCCCGAUGGAGAUCGCCUUCCUGGACGGCGAGAGCGGCGUGGGCUGGGAGGGCUUCAACGUCUUCUCAGACACGCUCUUCCUGAUUGACGUGGCGCUCAACUUCAGAACGGGUAUCAUUACUGAGGACAAUGAGGAUGCUAUUCUGGACCUGAAGCUGAUUCGAAUCAACUAUUUAAAGAGCUGGUUUAUUCCUGACGUGAUUGCUGCCUUCCCAGUUGGCUACAUAUUGCUUAUCGCGGACUUAACAUAUAGCUCGGACAACAACUCCUCCAAGAGUGUGAGGAUGGUGAGAAUCCUGAUGUUUGUGCGGAUUCUGAGCCUGGUGCGGCUCCUACGCGUAUCCAGGCUGGUCAGAUUCUUCAACGAAGUUGAAAAGGUGUCCAAUGCCAACCUGGAGGUGGUGCGUCUGCUGUUCCGCGUGCUCUCCCUCUUCAUGACCAUCUUCCUGCUGUGCCACUGGAACGGCUGCAUCCAGUACUUCGUGCCCAUGCUGGAGGACUUCCCAGACGACUGCUGGGUGAGGAAGGAGAACCUCACGAAUGCCUCAGUGGUGGAGAAGUACUCCUUCGGCGUCUUUCGGGCCCUCUCGCACAUGACCGCCGUCUCUUACGGCUCCUCCGACAGCCCCACAAAUAAUACGGAGAUGUGGAUUGUUAUCAUCAGUAUGGUCUCUGGGGCUCUGAUGUACACCUUAUUAGUGGCAAACACCACAGCCAUGGUGAGCGACUACGACACAACAGCAACGGCGUACAACGACAAGAUGAAUCAUCUUGACGACUACAUGACCUUCAUGAAGCUCCCCAAGGACUUGCGUGUCCGCAUCAACAGCUACUACCAGGCCCGCUAUGCCGGGAAGUGGUUUGACGAGAAGGACAUACUGAAUUGGGUGUCCACCUCUCUGAAAGAUGAGAUUCUGACCAUCAUGUGCUCCAAGCUGCUGGGGAAGGUGGCCAUGUUCCGUAACUGUGAGAAGAGCUUCAUCUCGUCCAUCCUGCCGUACCUGGUGCACGAGGUCUACCAGGAGGGGGACGUCAUCGUGCAGCAGAAUGGCCCCGGCGACCGCAUGUUCCUCAUCGAGCACGGACAGGUGCUGGUGGAGAGCCUGGAGAAGGAACUGUGCGAUGGAGAUCACUUUGGAGAGAUGUGCCUGCUACAUCAGGGGAAGCGCUUGUCGACAGUGCGGGCCCUGACGGUGUGCCGCCUCUUCUCCUUGUCAGUGUUGAGCUUCAAGGAGGUGCUCAAGAGGUUCCCGGAGAUCAGUAAGAACAUGGACAAGCUGGCCGAGAACACCAACACCAGCUUUGUGUAAUGUGACACGUCCACCACGUCACAUCCCGCAGCAUUUCUUUCAAGUCAGAGGCGUGCUCAGUCCCUUCAGAACGGAAACCAAGAAAAGCUUUUGGGUGGGCGCUCUUUGGUCCAAGAUCAACGUUGUCCAAGUUUGGGUGGAAAGAAUAAACCUUUCUUCACCAAGGCU